AUGCUUCCCAAGAGAGGUAUAAAAAUUAGUGUUGCAGAUGCCUCCGUGAGAGAAAUUGUUGCCAGAGGCUGUCCGUACCACUGCUAUGGAACUUGGCCACCUCAAUUCGAAGGGUUUCUGUACAAUUGUAACCUAAGAAUUAUCGAAAAAUGGUGUGAGGACCAUGCUCUGUCUGUCAACCCCAGGAAGGCGGAGAUGGUCCUCUUUUCCAGGAAGAGGAAACUGGGGCUACUAAAGGCACCGACUCUUCUAAACACCACGCCAAGCAAAGUGAAGUAUCUUGGAGUCACACUCGAUGCAAAGGUAACAUGGAAUCUUCACUUGGAGAGAAGAAUAAAAAAGGCGUACAUAUCCUAUGAGCAGUGCCGCAGAACCGUUGGUAAAAUUUGGGAGAUGAAACCAAAGCUAAUCAUGUGCUUUAGUGAGACCAAUGUUGGCCUACGGAGCUUUUGUCUGGUGGCUAAAAACCCAACAGAGAAAAGAAUAUCUUGUCUGAGCGUUACAGGAGCUAUGCGAACAACACCAACGUUAGCAAUGGAAGUGAUGCUAUGUCUGCCACCGUUAGAUAUUUAUUUAAAGGAGGUAGCUCUGACAACUAUGCUUUGCUCGAAGAACGUUGAUGUUAAAUCAAAUGUAGGAUGUGGAGAAGUCAGUUGUCGCCUAUGGAAUGAGGUCGUCAUGAAGAUGCCUCUUCUGCAGGCAGACACUGAUAGAAUUUCUUCUAAGUUUGUGUUUGACAGACCCCACACAGUACCCAUCAAAAACAAGGAGAAGACCGCAAGUGAGGAUGUAAUUAACAUCUUCACUGACAGAUCAAAAAGGAAAGAAGAUACAGGAUGUGGGAUCUAUUCUAUAUCCAUACACAUCCGAUAUCAGUGGGCUAUGCACAUACGUNGACGAUAUAGACUUUUUUCCUGGGACCUUCCUGAACACAAUGCAGAAAACCGCAUCUCGAUAUCUGCUUCACCUAAAAAUUUCCGCUAUUCCGGUCGAUUUUGA